GUGAAUGAAGGUUACAGCGGUUAACCAGUUUGAACGGUGGGUGUGGAAUAUUUUGGAUUGUCUCGCAGCUCCAUAGGCGAUGGCUCCUGAUAAGGGCAGUAUCUGUAUUUACUCAAAACCUGUCAAUGGAAGCUCAUUCCCUGCUGGAUUGGCCUAUAAAAGUCAAUCUAGCUGUCACAAAUCAGAGAAAUCAGUCAGAACUCAUCCGAAAAUGAAGUCGCUUAUUGUCACUUUGAGCUUGUUUCUCCUUUCAGUUCAAAUCCAGGCACAAACUGGGCAAGGCUGUCCCGACAUUUGUCCCGCAGUUUACAUGCCCGUCUGCGGAGAGGCAAAAAUAGACGGAGAAGCUGUCAAGUGCGAGUUCGGCAAUGGCUGCAUGAUGGGUGUCAGCUCCUGUCGCCAUGACAUAAACUGGGGCGAGGUACCUUUAGAAAAAUGUCUCCGACCUUCUAACAGCUGCAGUCGUUUUCUCUGAGCUAAAAAUAUAUUUUUUUUGUUUUGGCAAAUAAACAAGCCUGGUUUUA